AUGGCGACGGAGGAAGCUAGUGAGCCCUAUCCGUUUCUCCGGCUCGUCAAACUUGCGUCGGAUGUGCUCCCACGCAACAAGACCGUCGCUAUCAUCGAUGGUCGGCACGGAGGUGUGAGUAUCGGGCGCGACAAGACGUUUACGGCACGACUUCGCUUGCCGUCGAUGGAGGUAAGCAAGCACCAUGCCAACAUCUUUUCCAAUACACGUGGGCCUAUAUACUACUCGAUAUCCGAUACAGGGUCCAUGCAUGGAACGUACGUUUGUCGCCGAGGCAAGCCGACAGCGGCUAGUGCGCUAGCUGCUGUGCCUACGUCACAGUUCGUACGACUUUCGGAGGCCAAGCAUGCCAGCACGCCGUACGACUUGCAGCACUGGGACCUGAUACGGAUCGGAGUGCAAAGCACGACGUUCGAAGUACAUCUGCACUCGAGUCCCUGGGAGAUAUGCGACAAGUGUGCUGUCAAAGAAGAUGGCACAAAUGAGAUUUCCGUGGCCCCGCUGGCGCAGCCCAGCCGGCCUGCGGCAUCGUCUACGCAGGCAGACGCGAUACCCUCUUCGCACCCCUCGCGGCACUCGCGAUGGCAGGUUGAGCAGGACCGGCGCAAACGACUGCGUGCCUUGAAGCAUGCCAUACUGCCUAUGCCGGACAAGCAGGCCGCGACGACAGCGCCGCCCUCGAGCUAUCGCGACCGCGCGGCCGUACGUCGUACGAUGCAGCCUCCAUCGAGUGUGCCUAGAUCUCAGCACGUAUCUGACACUAUACCCACGACGUCCUCGAAACCGCUCGAUGCCCAGCAUGUUGGCUACCAAAUGCUGGCGCGCAUGGCGAAAGAGUCCGAUACGACUAUGCCGACGCAAGCACCUGUUGGUUAG